CGGCGCCCCCUGGGCGUCCCCGCCGCUCGCCCCGGGGCGCGGAAGCGCGCGCGCUCCGGCGGCCCCGCCCCCAGCGGCGCGCGCCCCACGGUCGCCGAGGGGCGGGGACGCGAGCGAGGCCGGCCAUGGAGCUCCUGCGGAGGGCCCACGAGGCCGCGCUCCGGCUGCUGCUGUGCGGGCCCUGGGCCUCGGGCGCCGCCUCCCGCCCGAAGCCCCGCGCCUCGGAGGUGCUGACGCGGCACCUGCUGCAGCGGCGCCUGCCGCACUGGACCUCCUUCUGCGUGCCCUACAGCGCCGUCCGCAACGACCAGUUCGGCCUCUCGCACUUCAACUGGCCGGUACAGGGCGCCAACUACCACGUCCUGCGCACGGGCUGCUUCCCCUUCAUCAAAUACCACUGCUCCAAGGCCCCCUGGCAGGACCUGGCCGGGCAGGAUCGGUUCUUCACGGCGCUCAAGGUCGUCAACCUGGGUAUUCCAACCUUAUUAUAUGGACUUGGCUCCUGGUUAUUUGCUAGAAUCACAGAGACUGUACAGACCAGUUAUGGACCAGUAACAGUUUAUUUUCUAAAUAAAGAAGAUGAAGGUGCCAUGUAUUGAAGGUGUGCCUCGGAGAACAUAAAUAUCAGUGAAUUUUCUCUUGUGUGUAUGUGCAAUGUUUAUUUUUGACCCUUUAAAAUAAAACUUUUGCAAACACCUU